AUGGACCUGUCUGACGCGCCUGAUGACCUGCCUCCGGAGAAACAGAUGGUGGUCGAAUGGUCCAUCUGCGAGAGUGCCUUGGCAAGGAGAGCAUCCGAAGGCGAGGUCGUCUGCGUCUGGAGUGAGGCGGUAAGAGGAAGCGACUCUGCGGGAGAGAUGGUGCAGGGGGUGAAGUGGUUGCCGUGGUCCAGCAAAGGGUCCGUCUGGAGUAGCACCUGA